UACGCCGUUCGCUUUGGAGGGAGGUGUGUGUCAUACUCCACUGGCUCGCUCCGAUACCCGCCUCUCGCUUAUAUAGUGCGCAUGGAACUCGGGCAAAGCGCAAAUUAAAAGCUUUUGUGGCCGCGCGUAGACGAGUGGCAGCCGGGUUGAUUGUUGAGUUCGUUCGGUUGGGAAAGUUCGGAGUUGCACUUCACUUCGGCGGAACCGGAGCAUACAUGUCUGUAGUUUCCCCGUACAUCUACUGCCCAGUGUUUGUGCCCUGCUCAGACAUGACUGAGGUGAUGAUCAGCAGCACCCCCAUGGACGACAUCCGGCUGAGCCCCGGCAAAGACAGGCUCUCCUACCAGAUCUUCCCGGACCCGUCAGACUUCGACCGCUGCUGUAAGCUGAAGGACCGGCUGCCCUCCAUCGUGGUGGAGCCGACAGAGGGCGAGGUGGAGAGCGGCGAGCUGCGAUGGCCCCCGGAGGAGUUCCUGGUCAGCGAGGAAGAGGACGAUGAAGACGAGGAGGAACACGCGCACAACAACGGCAACCUGCAAAACGGACAAGCCACGCAAAUCUCCCAGCACUAGGCUCCCGUCCGCUCCCCCCAGCCGGCCGCCGUCUCGGUAGACUCCGACCCAAAGUGACAUUCAAUCACCAGACCAAUUCUUCCAGCAAUAUUUCCUCAGCGUUCUGUCAUCGAUGGAAUUUAAAGACACUGGUUCGAACUUUUUUUCUUCAUUCUCAACAAAAACGAACUUUCUCGGAUGGACCAUUUUUUUUGUUUUCGCGAAAAUUCUGGACAACUUUUAUUUCCGUAGCACGUCAACAACAUAAGCAAUAACCUUUUAAUUUGGCAAGGUGACUUAAAUGCCUUGACGAGAGCCUUCCACUUUGUCUACCGAAAGUUUUUUUCAGCUCUUUACCCCAUGGACAGACCCUCGCUGCUGGGAUAAAGCUGCUCCGUGUCCUUUUUCGUUGUGGUUGGUCCCAAAGGCUUUGAUUUUUGCACGUUAGCGCUGACCAGAGAUUCUAUCGGGGUAGAAAUGGGCAGUCGGAUAAACAUAGAUGCUAGUUUAUGUAAGCUGUUAAAUGAAGGGACCAUUUUGUGCUUUGUUCGGCCUAAAAAAAAAGGAAGUUAAGUGGUUAUGUGUAUAUAUUGAUGCCCUACAAAGCCUAAUGAAUGAAGGAAGUUAUAUAAUGGGGAGUUAAAAGCUAGGAACUAAAUGCUUCGAUUUGGUCUUAUUCGAUCGUGUUUUUAAAUUUGGAUGCGCUCUGUAACUUUUCUGGUGUGUUCCUUACAUGCCUGUCUCCAUGGACUGUCAUCGGUUUCCCUAAAAUGUCCCACAGUAUGGCAUUUAUUCAGUUACAAGCAUCUCUAUUGCUCAGAUACUCAUGCAUUCUUUGCGUGAGCGGGGUCGCCUCUCCAUAGACCUGACCUUUUUAAAUUGGCCUCUGCUUGUCUCCAUGGAGUUUAAGUUUAAUGUCGUACUGUGGUUUAAUGUCAUACUGUGGAACAUUCCGGACAAACCGAUGGUAAAUGGUCACAUGGAACUCGUCACACAUUCACGCACAUUGGGGUAGGGCUGCUCGAUCCUGGAAAAAAAUUAUCACGAUUAUUUUGGUCAAUAUUUUAGUUACACAAUGCAUUUAUUCAGCAUUUCUCUCUCAAAAAAGCACUUUGUUAUUGAUAAUUUACGCCGGAGUUUCAAAAUGUUAAAAAAAAGACUACAAAUAUCUAACUUAGAGCAGUUUUGCGAUGUAUAAAACAUAAAAUGGGAAAAAAUAUAUAUACUUAAUAAUCCACUUUCACAGUUUCCGAAGUGCUGAAGAAAUACAAACUAAUAAUAAUAUAAUGAUAAAAUAAACACUCAGAUUUAAUCAUACUAGUCCUAAAAUAAAAGCAAAACCAUAGAAUAGCAAUAAAUAAAUUAAAAUAUAUUAAAAAUCAAUAAAAUAAAUAAAGACACAGAGGACCACACAACAAAAUCCAGAGAGUAAAAGUCGAUUUUAAGACGGGACUUCAAACACUCUGUGCGGACAUGAUUUAUCCAGCGGUUCUACAAUCUCUACAUUUAAAAAACAAAAUAAAUAUACUUAUUUAUGUAAAAAAAUAUUCUAAAAUAAAUUUGAACAUAAAGUAUUUCAACUCUAUUAUGAGUUUGGAGAUCGUUUGACACACAAAUCAAAAUUGCGAUCAAAAAGCAAUUAAAUGCAAAGACUUACAUUGGGCGGAGGUGAGUUAAGUGUCUUGCCCAAGGACACAACAACAGCAUUGGUCUGAGGGAGCUGGAUUGCCGCCACCAACCUCUACCACUACUACGAUGUUUAUGUUGAAAGCGGGAUUCGCUCCAUCAACUUUCGAGUACUUUAGAGCGACUUUUCUGUUGACAGACCCACUAGAAAUGUUCCACAGUGCAUCUUUACGACAACAAAUGCGUCCUUGUUUUCUGUGAUUAUGUCGUUCAUAAUCGGGAACCACUUCUAUGUUGCCAAAAAAUGUUAUUGUCGAAACAGAAUAAUUUCCAUCAUUUUCAGUCUAACUUGCGCAGAUUUGUCUUUUGGUGAAACGUAUCUCUGUAACUGCUGUUUUUAAAUUCCGUCUUGUAACCGUUUUGUGAAUUGUCUCGUUGGUAAUUUUUUCAUGUUAAAUAUUAUCCAUUUCACUUGCAAUAACUGUCCGGUUUGUCUGAUUUGUGGCCUUAUGUUUAAUAAUUUCCGCAAAUGUUCAUUGAGAAGAAGGCGUACCAGCAUAUUCUACCUAUGUAUAUUUUAAAAAGUCUGGCAAUGUUGUGAGUGAACUGGUGAAAAAAUGUUCAAGACUUUAUUUCUUUUAUUGUGGGACGAUUAUGAAAAUUGUAAAAAGGAAAAAAAAAUUGCAAUGUACAGACUCCAUGAAGAAUAUUUGUAAAUAUUUGUAGUUCUUUGUAUUAUUAGAAAAGUAGCGUGAUUUCCUCUGGGUGGUUUGUAUUAAAAAUAAAAGUCUUCCUUUUUGCAAACAUUUUA